UAUAUAUAUAUAUAUAUUUUAAUUAAUUUAUUUAAUUAAAAAAAAAUUAUGUAUACUUUUUUCCUUUCUACUAUAUUCCAUAUACGAUUACAUAAAGUCAGCAAGCUUGCCGCGCAGAGCUUUUUCUCCAUAUAAUAAGUCUAAUCAGUAUCCAUUAUCCAUCGUUAAAACCUUCAGAUCCAUAGCCUAUAAAUCUCAAAUACCGUUCACUAUCUUUUCAAUAAAAGACAGUACCCACAAAGAAAACAAACUUGAAAUGAGGAUUCAUUUAUUCAUCGCCAUUGCUUUUGUUCUAAUAUUAUCAACUCCAACUUCAGCUCAUUUCUUCCCAAAUAUUUCUUCAAUCCCUCGUUUACUCAAACCUAAUGCCACUGCUUGGGCAGGUUUUCAGAAGUUAUUAGGAUGCCACACCGGUCAGAAAGUCGAUGGCAUUGCUAAAAUAAAAAAAUAUUUUCAACAUUUCGGAUAUAUUACUUCUUCUUCUUCCAGUAACUUCAAUGAUGACUUUGAUGAUAUUCUUGAAUCUGCAGUCAAGACUUACCAGCAAAAUUUCAACCUCAACGCCACUGGUGUCCUCGACGCGCCGACGAUUCAGCAUAUCAUAAGACCCAGAUGUGGAAACGCCGAUGUAGUUAACGGCAUUAGUACCAUGAACUACGGCAAGCCGCCGCCGGCAGGUUCUCCGACGGUCGCUCACUACUCGUUCUUUCCGGGUAGACCACGGUGGCCGGCGGGUAAGACCGACUUGACAUACGCGUUUCUACCGGCGAACAAUCUGACGGAUAACAUCAAGAGCGUGUUCUCACGCGCUUUUGACCGAUGGUCGGAGGUAACCCCAUUGACCUUCACUGAGACGCCGUCGUUCCAAUCGGCGGAUAUUAAGAUCGGAUUUUUCGCCGGAGAUCACAACGACGGUGAACCGUUUGAUGGUCCGAUGGGGACAUUAGCACACGCGUUUUCGCCGCCGGCGGGGAAUUUUCACUUGGACGGCGAUGAGAAUUGGGUCAUCGAUGGUACGCCGGUAAAUGAAGGGAAGUUCUUUUCAAUAUUAUCGGCUGUAGAUCUUGAAUCGGUUGCGGUUCAUGAAAUCGGACACUUAUUGGGUUUGGGUCAUUCAUCUGUAGAAGAUUCGAUAAUGUACCCGAGUUUAGAAUCGGGUACCCGAAGAGUGGAACUUGCGAAUGAUGAUAUUCUGGGAGUGCAGGAGUUAUACGGGUCUAACCCGAAUUUUACUGGGCCGAAUACAACUUUGACUCCGACCCAGGAGAAUGAUACAAAUGGGGUCCCCAGUCUUAGCUCAUUGUGGGUUGUAUUGGUGGUUGGAUUUGCGUUUGCUUUCGUUUAGUCAAUUAAUAUUCUGUUAGCUGUACUAUUAUCAUUUUUGCCCUUUAUUCACAUUUGUAUCAACCAACUGUAUGACUAUUGUUAUUUUUGUAUAGAUAUUUAUUUUUUGAAAUAGUUUUUGGGAAUAAAAGUGAGACAACGCCUCUUAUUUUUUCGGCUA